AUCAAUUUGAAUUUGACUAAAUUUCAUUUUUAUUUUUUCUCUCAUUUUCAACUUUCCCAAUUCAUUUUUGGACCCUCUGGAUCUAACCCUUGUCUGAGAAAUUUUCAAGAUUUGAUUCUUUUUGUUCAUUUUGUAUUGUGGAUUGUAAUAUUUGUUUAAUUUGAUUGCUAUGGAUGAUAAUUUUCACAGGCAAGGGCUAGUGGCACAUGCUCCUCCUCCUGGUCACUUUUCACGGUUGGAAAACAGAAGGGCUGAAGACGAUCUUUAUUUGAGAAAGAGAGUGAGGAUGAGAAGGUGGCUGUGCUGCACCUGUCAAGUAGAGGAAUCCUACCCAUCAAAUGAAACUGAGCACCUUAAAAACCCUGCAACUCAUGCUGAUGGAUAUCAGAACGGGUCAAGAGUACCAGCUCCUGCCAAGGCUGAAGCAGAAAAAGCAAUACCAACUAUAGAGGUCCCAGCAUUGUCUUUGGAUGAACUGAAAGAGGAAACUGACAAUUUUGGAUCAAAAGCAUUAAUUGGUGAAGGUUCUUACGGGAGAGUAUACUAUGCUAAUCUAAGCAAUGAAAAAGCUGUUGCCGUGAAAAAGCUUGAUGUUUCAUCCGAGCCUGAGACUAAUGUUGACUUCUUGACUCAGCUUGCUAGAGUUUCAAGAUUGAAGCAUGACAAUCUUGUUGAGUUGCUUGGUUACUGUGUUGAAGGAAAUAUUCGUGUAUUAGCGUAUGAAUUUGCAACGAUGGGGUCCUUGCAUGAUAUUUUGCACGGAAGGAAAGGAGUACAAGGGGCGCAGCCGGGGCCAACACUUGAUUGGAUGCAGCGGGUAAAGAUUGCUGUUGAUGCCGCAAGGGGACUCGAGUAUUUGCAUGAGAAGGUCCAACCUUCAAUAAUACACAGGGAUAUAAGAUCAAGCAAUGUACUCCUCUUCGAAGACUACAAAGCAAAGAUUGCAGAUUUUAACCUGUCAAAUCAGGCUCCUGAUAUGGCUGCUCGCCUUCAUUCUACUCGAGUUUUAGGAACAUUUGGCUAUCAUGCACCGGAAUACGCUAUGACUGGACAACUGACACAGAAGAGUGAUGUGUAUAGCUUUGGGGUGGUCUUGCUUGAACUUUUGACCGGAAGAAAACCCGUAGACCAUACAAUGCCUCGAGGACAGCAGAGCCUUGUUACUUGGGUGAGCAUAGCUUCACAUUUUUUUCGUGCAUUUUUAUUCCUUAUGUGCUCUUCUCUGCUAUAUGUUUAGA